CCCCUGUGACAACAAGCCCCGGUCUCCCCUGUGUGCAUGAUAAUAGGGAUGUCAGUUCUCAACUCCUAAUUUGAAUAAUCAUGGUCGUCUGAUUGAACAGCCGGCGGAUUUUAAAAGGUGAAGAUAAGAAAUGUUAUAUCCGCAUAUUCGUAUAUGAUCUGCCGAGCUGUGACAUUGAACAGCGUAAGGACGACAAACGCAAUGUGUGUGUGUGUGUGUGUGUGUGAGAGAGAGAGAGAGAGAGAGAGAGAGAGAGAGAGAGAGAGAGCUCCACCGGCGCAGUACCGGGCGAUUCCUCCGGUGAUCUCAGAGCGCUGCGUCUCUCUUCAACAAUAAAAAACUGAAAUUUGCUGGAAGAAAGAGAUUUUCCAGCGCACAUCUCGCCCGCUUCUGCUGAGGAGGAAAGAAGCACGCGCUGAAUGAAUGAACGCAGACCGAAUGACAUUCCCAGCACCGGUUCGCGGGGUUUCACAGUGCAGCGUGAAGGAGAUGAACUGAUGGUGUUUUCUGAGUGACAGGGGCGCAGAUGGGCUUCAGCAUGGCUUGCCUCUGGAUUUUAACUUUGGUCAUCAGUGUUCACAGAGUGUUCAGCGGCCCGCGGUUUUCUCAGGAGCCGGCUGAUCAGUCUGUGGUGGUUGGGGAGAGAGUAGUUUUGUCCUGCGUGGUGUUUAACUACACCGGAAUUGUACAAUGGACCAAAGACGGGCUCGCUCUUGGCAUCGGAGAAGAUCUGAGGGCAUGGCCACGGUACCGUGUUUUGCGUAUUUUGGAUGUUGGGCAGUAUAACCUAGAGAUCACAUCAGCAGACCUGACCGAUGACUCACUGUACGAGUGUCAGGCCACUGAAGCUGCUCUGAGGUCCAGAAGAGCUAAACUCACUGUUCUGAUUCCUCCUGAAGGUCCUGUUAUCGAGGGCUCUCCAGAGAUCCUGCUGACAGCAGGAACCUCAUAUAACCUCACCUGUGUGUCUCGAGGAGCAAAGCCACUGUCAACAAUAGAAUGGUACAAAGAUGGGAUCAUAGUGGAGGGAGCCCAUACUAGCACUGAGGUGUUAGCGGACAGGAAGAGGGUGACCACAAAGAGUUUUCUGGAGAUCCAGCCAGUGGACACAGACACAGGACGAAAUUUCACCUGUGUGGCCUCAAACCUGGCCGCCCAGCUGGGAAAGAGGGCCACUGUUACUCUCAACGUCCACCAUCCUCCUACAGUCAUCCUGUCUAUAGAGCCUCGCUCGGUUCUAGAAGGAGAGCGAGUUAAAUUUACCUGCCAGGCCACUGCCAACCCUCCCAUUAUGGGCUACAGGUGGGCUAAGGGGGGCGUGAUUCUCGACGGAGCGAGAGAAAGUGUGUUUGAGACGACAGCAGAUCACUCGUUCUUCACCGAGCCUGUGUCCUGCCUGGUCUUUAAUGCAGUGGGCAGCACUAACGUCAGUAUUUUGGUGGAUGUUCACUUUGGUCCAAUUUUGGUGGUGGAGCCGAGGCCUGUAACAGUGGAUGUUGACUCUGAUGUCACACUCAACUGUAAAUGGUCAGGAAAUCCUCCGCUCACCCUCACAUGGACCAAGAAGGGCUCCAGUAUGGUCCUCAGUAAUAGUAAUCAGUUAUUCCUGAAGUCUGUGAGUCAGGCAGAUGCAGGACAGUACGUGUGUAAGGCCAUCGUUCCCAGAAUUGGUGUUGGAGAAACAGAAGUCACUCUUACAGUCAAUGGUCCUCCAAUCAUCUCGAGCGAGCCGAUCCAGUAUGCCGUGAGAGGAGAGAAGGGGGAAAUCAAGUGCUACAUAGCCAGCACACCUCCACCUGACAAAAUCGUUUGGGCCUGGAAGGAGAAUGUGUGGGAAAAAGAGAGAGGAACGCUGUUGGAGAGGUACACAGUGGAGCAGAGCCGACCUGCGUCACAAGGGGGCGCCGUUCUGUCCACACUCACCAUAAAUAAUGUCAUGGAGUCUGACUUCCAGUCCACCUACAAUUGCACAGCAUGGAAUGCCUUUGGACCAGGAACCAUGAUCAUCACGCUGGAGGAGACAGAUAUAGUGCCUGUAGGUGUAAUAGCAGGUGGAUCUGUUGGAUCUUCUAUUUUGCUUCUGCUCCUCCUGUUUGCUCUGAUAUUCUAUCUGUAUCGACAGCGCAAAGGCAGUCGUCGUGGAGUCACGUUGAAGCCAGACAUUAAGGUGGAAACGGUCAACAAGGAAACUCACAAUCUUGAGGAAGAGGCUGCCGGCGCCUCCACAGCUACACGAAUGGUAAAGGCUAUGUAUUCUUUUCUUCCCUCUGUCUCCCUCUCUCCCUCCACCCAGCCCUUCAAAGAUGACAUGGACCAGAAGCAGGACCUCCAGAGCGACACGGUGGAGCCCAAGGUGGAGGAGUUUGAGCCCAAGGACCCCACCAAUGGCUACUACAACGUUCGAGCCACGACACAUGACGAGGUCUGCACCUCUACCCGCUCCCUGCUCUAUCAGGAAUUUCGGCCACCGAAUCCUGCUUCAGUUUCAGCGACAGCCGGUGGCCCAGUGGCCAACAUUCACCCGGCACCCACAGGCCGUUAUGAGCCCCGGCCUGCUUCCCGAAUGGCUCACAACACAUACGCCCAUUUUAACACCAUUGCCAGGGCAUCGCAAAUCCAAGCCCCACCCAACCCUGUCUCCAAGCCCACAGACUAUUCCGGAGAACGUGGUCUGCUGGAAUCAACCAAUCCGCUGGCUUUUGACAGCUACGCUUAUUCAACGACACCUCAAUACAGGUUAGGCUUUGCCCCACCUUUGGAGGCAGGACCAGCCUAUGAAAUGUAUCCUACGGGACAAGGGGUGGGGACGAGUCAAGAUGCUAAUGUGGGAAAAUACCCCAGCUCCGCCCAAUUUCCAUAUUCAACCCCGCCCACAGAAUACUCUCAGAGACACACGCAGAGAAUGCAGACUCAUGUGUGAAACAGACACACUUGCCAACAAAAAAGCACUUCCGUGGAUGAAUAUAUAUGGUACACAUUCAUUUUUACACACUCUUAAAGUCUGAAACUUUCUCUCCAACACAGCUAUAUGCAAACACACACACAUUGCAUUUUCUACCUUUACAACAAUAUGAUUGAGACAAAAAAGUGCCAAAUUAAU